GGAAGUUCCUGCUUCUGCGCAUGUGCGGAGAAGUGAAGCAGAAGAAGUCCCGCAUACUUUGGUUAUGUACAGUUCGAGGAAAUAUACUUUCAGAGUUUGUAAGGGACAAGAUUGUUUGCGAGAUUUGUCUGUCACUUGCAGAUAAGGGAUUCUCGUUACAUCAGCGGCUGUGGUCCUAAAUUAACUUCAGACGGUUUGUGAAGAUUCUCCAGGCCUCGCCUCACUCCAGUGAUGUCUGCUUUGUGGCCUAUGGUGAUCUCUAAUUCUACAACUCCUAGCUGCUUCACCUCCAACCACACCACUGUUCUCUCAGGACUCGACUUUGGAGGAGUUCCACUUGUCCUGCUGAUUAACUUCUGCGUUUUCAUUUUUCUGCUGCUGGUCUUCUCAGUCAUCAGAAAGAAGUUCUGGGACUACGGUCGUUUAGCUCUGGUCGCGGACAAUGAAGGGUUUAAUGAAUCAAAACAUCGUCGUUAUGGACGAAUGCCGUCCACUACUGAGGACCCUGAUUAUGAGUCGGGAUUCUGCUCUUGGCUGCCAUACAUCGUCAGAAUGGAUGAGGAAAAAAUUAAAGAGAAAUGUGGCAUGGAUGCUGUUCACUACCUCUCCUUCCAGCGACAUUUGAUCAUCCUGCUAGUGAUCAUCACGGUCACCUCCCUGUCAAUCAUUCUGCCUGUGAAUAUGUCUGGAAAGCUUUACAGUAGUGAGGCCCAUAAAUUUGGAUGGACAACUAUUGGAAAUCUUUCCAUUCAAAACAACUUCUUAUGGCUUCAUACUGUGUUUGCGGUUAUCUACCUGUUCUUGACGGUAGUGAUGCUGCGAUUACACACGUCCAAAAUGAAAGGCGUGCGCAGAGAAAGAGCCAGAAACACCCUGUUUGUGUGUUCGAUACCUAAAAGAGCAACAGAUGAGCAAGUAAAAACUCACUUCACGGAGGCAUAUCCUUCUUGCCAGCUGUGUGCAGUGACUUUGGGGUACAACGUGGCCAAACUCAUGUACCUUGAUAAGGAAAGAGUUCGAGCUGGGAAAAACCUGCGGUAUUAUGAGCGUAUCCUGGACAAAACAGGAGUGCGAGAGCUGAUCACCCCUCGUGUAUGUGGCCAGUUGUGCUGCUGCUCCAGCUGUGAAAGGGUUGAUGCCAUAGAAUAUUACAGACAUAAAGAAAAGCUGCUGCUGGAGGAAAUGAGACGGCAUGCAGAAGAAGUGCCACAGAAACCUCUGGGUAUCGCUUUUGUCACAUUGCAGAACGAGGCUAUGGCAAAGCACAUUCUAAAAGACUUCAAUGCCAUCAAGUGUGAAUGGCCAGGCUGCUGCUGUGGGAGGGAGCCUCAGCCUUCGUCUGUCAGCAGAGAUCUGAAUGUGAACAAGUGGCGGGUCAGCUUCGCUCCACAUCCCAAAAGUGUUUACUGGGAGAACCUUUCGGUGCACGGUUUCUGCUGGGUCAUCCGCUGGCUGGGAAUAAACCUCUUCCUGUUUAUCCUGCUCACCUUCCUGACGACUCCCACCAUCAUCAUUAACGUCAUGGAUAAGUUCAACGUGACUAGUCCAAUAUACAAUCUUAAUAGCCCCAUCAUCAGCCAGUUCUUCCCGACUCUUCUGCUUUGGUCUUUUUCUGCACUGUUGCCUACAAUAGUGUACUUCUCUACUCUGGGAGAGGCACACUGGAGCAUGUCCAGUGAGCAGCUGAGCAUGAUGCGAAAGUUGUACUUCUUCCUGCUCUUCAUGGUACUUAUUCUUCCCUCGCUAGGACUCACCAGUCUUGCUUGGUUUUUCCGUUGGCUGUUUGAUAAAACGUUUCUAAAUGACGGGAAAACAAGAUUUGAGUGUGUGUUUUUACCGGAUCAAGGAGCGUUUUUCGUGAACUACGUGAUCACGGCUGGCCUGGUGGGCUCUGGGAUGGAGUUGUUGCGGUUGCCAGGGUUACUGCUUUACACCAUACGUUUGAUGCUUGCUCGCUCUGCUGCAGAAAGAAAAUACGUCAAACAGCACCAAGCGUAUGAGUUUGAAUACGGAGCCAUGUACGGCUGGACUCUGUGUGUGUUUACGGUCAUUAUGGCUUACAGCAUCAUUUGCCCCAUCAUUGUGCCAUUUGGUCUCCUUUACAUGCUGCUCAAGCACCUGGUGGACAGACACAACUUGUUCUUUGCGUACCUUCCGACUCGCCUCGACCGCAGGGUCCACCUCGGAGCUGUUAAUCAAGUUUUGGCAGCACCAAUCAUCUGCCUCAUAUGGCUCUACUUCUUCUCUGUCCUGAGAGCAGGUUUCCAAACGGCUACGUCCCUGUUCACCUUAGUUGUCCUGUGUUUCACUGUCUUCAUCUGUUUGGGCUUCUCCUGCUUCGGCCACUUCAAGUACCUCAGUCCUCAUAACUACACGGUGAAAGAGGAGGACCAGGAUACAGUAGAGGGAGUGCAAGAAAAUACUAAGGUUUAUCUUCCAAGAGUGCUCGAUACCCGAUCACCGGCCACCACCACAAAGGAACCUAGACCUCAACAGUCGUAUGGCUCCUUAGACGACGGUGUACCUAAGAGCUUUAGUCCAGUCGAACAUUCAUAACUCCUUGGGUUCUGUUGCGGCGCACCUUAGAAACAAAGAUGCCUGUAGUUACCAAAAGUGAUUCUACUUGCUUUUCAGGUGUGAUUAUAAACUGUUCCAGGGAGUCCCACUAACACUUCCCCUGUUCAAACAUCAACCCACUAUCCUUAAUCCUUCUGUGAUUAAAUCGCAUCUAAUGUUAGUUUCCAGGGGCUUGUUUAUAAGAAGGAAAAAAACAAUAUCUCAGGAAAUUUUUUUGAUAUUAGACAUAUCGUUUGCACUUGAGCAGCAUAGACAGAACACAUCCUGUUUGAGGACACUUUCAAAAGGACCAAGUAAUAUUUGUAACAAACACUGCCAUUCAGAACAGGCCGAAAACUAAGGAACUCUUUGUUGGCUACUUGCACAUUUUAAACCUACAACUUACCAAAGAGCUGGACAAGCACAAGUAGAUAUUUUCACCCUUCGAGGGAAAGAUUUUAUAUCGCACCUUCUGUAUCUUUUAUGUUUACUGAAAUGACUAGUGUUUUUGCUUUAUUAAUGAGACAGAGAAACCAAGACUUUUGCAUUUACAAAUAUGGCAGAGGGUUCGCAUCCGGAAGUUCACUUUUUGUUGUAAUUAUGCAUUACUAUAGUAUCCACAGGUAAACAGAAAUACUUUACAUUUUAAAGAUCGAAUUAAUCUUUUACCUAGACGUUUUUGUUGUUGAAUGUAAUAGAUUUUUAAGUUAUUUUUCAAAGGAGUUCUUAAUACAUUUUUUAUUUUUUUUGUCAAAAGGGUGAAGGAGUUCAGUGUUAAUAUAUUGUCGUUUUUAAACUCCAGGGAUAUUUUGAGGUACAUGUGCUCAUCUUGUCACUGGGGGGCGCUGUUGAGCUGCAGUAAAGAUGUGGGUCCCCUGAAAUAUUCAUAAAGCUGUAACAAAAAGGUCAAACCCA